AUGGUGGCAGCAGUAGCUGCACCAGCUUCAGCUCAAACCCUUCCUGGCUGCCCAAAUCAGUGUGGGAAUUUAAGUAUCUCAUUUCCAUUUGGAGCGAAGGAGGGAUGCUACCUUAAUGAAGACUUCCUUAUAACAUGCAAUGCAUCAAAUGCAGCAUUCUUAGGAAUCACAAAAAUAGAAGUCCUUAACAUAUCAGUCCAAGGCCAAUUGCGAAUCUCCAUAGAAGCAGCAUAUGAUUGUUACAAUGAAGCUGGUAAUAUUACCAUACGUGCAAGAUCAAUACUCUCGGUGCCCAAAUUCCCGCUUUCCUACAGGCAGAACAAAUUCACUGCCACUGGUUGCGACACCUCCACACUUAUUCAAGGCAAAAGAGCACACACAUAUGCAACUGGGUGCGUAUCCUAUUGUGUCAAACAUGAAGAUGUGAUCAAUGGGUCAUGCGCCGGCAUUGGCUGCUGCCAAACUUCUAUUCCAAAAGGAGUAUUGAACUUUCGUGCAAGUGUUGGUAGCUUUUCUGAUCAUCAAAACGUGUGGAAUUUCAAUCCCUGCAGCUAUGCCUUCGUGGUUGAGGAAAAAGCAUAUGAUUUCUCAGUAUUAGAUCUUGCCGACUUACGGGGCGUGACAAAGUUUCCUGUGGUCCUUGAUUGGGCUAUUGGAAAUGAAACUUGCAGUGAUGCUCAGAAGAAACCUGAAACCUACGCCUGCAAGGACAAUAGCAUAUGCCAUGAUUCUGAUAAUGGCCCUGGUUAUCGCUGCAAUUGCUCCGAUGGCUACAGCGGGAACCCAUAUCUUGCUAAUGGUUGCAAAGAUAUAGAUGAAUGUGCAAUUCCAAGUCUCAAUCUGUGUACACAUGGUUGUAAAAACACUCCUGGAAAUUAUACUUGUUAUUGCCCCAAGGGGUACAAGGGGGAUGGCAGAAAAGAUGGAAUUGGUUGCACUCGCAUUAAAAAAUCACACAUUGGAAUUGCCAUUGGUGUUGGCAUAGGCGUUAUAGUCUUGCUUGUUGCAAGUUCCUGGCUCUACUUGGUUUUAAAGGAAAGAAAGCUCAUCAAGCUUAAAGAAAAGUUCUUUACGCAAAAUGGAGGAUUUAUGUUGAAACAGAAACUAUGUAGUCCAGAAGGAUCCUCCAAUGCAACAAAACUAUUUACUGCAGAAGAGUUGAAGAGGGCCACCAACAACUACGACGAGAGUACAAUCAUUGGUAAAGGAGGCUUCGGUACAUUUUAUAAAGGAACACUACCAAAUAACAGAGAAGUUGCCAUCAAGAAGUCAAUAUUUAUUGGUCAAACCCAGAUUGAGCAAUUCAUUAAUGAGGUGAUUGUUCUCUCCCAAAUCAACCAUAGGAAUGUAGUAAAGCUCUUGGGUUGUUGUUUAGAAAUAGAAGUCCCUUUAUUAGUUUAUGAAUAUAUUACCAAUGGUACUCUCUCCGAGUACCUACAUAAUCAAAGCAAUGCAUCAGCACUUCCUUGGGAUAUCCGUCUUAAGAUAGCAGCAGAAACGGCAGGAGCACUAUCAUAUUUACACUCUGCGGCUUCUGUACCGAUCAUACAUAGAGAUGUCAAGACUACCAACAUACUCUUUGAUGCUAAUUACACUGCAAAAGUGUCUGAUUUUGGGGCUUCAAGACUGGUUCCAUUAGAUGAAAUUCAGAUGUCUACAAUGGUGCAAGGAACAUUGGGAUACCUGGACCCAGAAUACUUGCACACAAGUCAAUUAACAAAGAAAAGUGAUGUAUACAGCUUUGGAGUAGUCCUUGUCGAACUACUAACAAGUAAGAAGGCACUCUGUUUUGACAGACUAGAGGACGAGAGAAGUCUUGCUAUGCAUUUUCUUUCUUGUAUGAAAGGGGGUCAAUUGGUUGAAAUUCUUGAGAAAGAUAUUGUUAAUCAGGGAAACAAAAUCCAACUGGAGGAAGUGGCUAAAUUAGCAAAGAGGUGCUUGAGUUUGAAAGGGGAGGAGAGGCCUACUAUGAAGGAAGUUGCAAUGGAAUUAGAAGGCCCGAGAAUGAUGGGAAUGCAUCCCUGGGAUGAAGUUAAUACAGAGGAAACAGAGCAGUUGCUGCACGAGCAAGAUAAUGGUUUUGGUCAUGUUGAUGGUGGCAUUUCAACAGCUCAAGCCAAACCUGGCUGCCAGAGCCACUGCGGCAACAUUAGCAUCUCAUACCCCUUCGGCACAACCCAGGGUUGUUACAUGGAUGAACAAUUUCUCAUCACUUGUAACGACGCAACAAACCCUCCAAAACCAUUCUUAUACUUGAGCAAUAUCCCAGUCUUCGACAUUUCCCUCGAUGGCUAUUUGCGCAUCCUUGACUCAGUAUCCCACAAUUGCUACAACGAUAGCCCAUCGAGCAGGCCCCUUUUUGAAUCUCCAUAG